GUUAUAUUCUUUGCUAAAUCAAUAUACGAAAGUUCAUUAUCAUUAGAAUCAAAGGCAACAUUCUAUUUCGUUUAUAGAGGCACCUGACCACUUUUUCACAUAUAAAAGUAUAGAUGACUAACCUGUUUUCUUCUUUUAAUAAAGAAAUAUUUUCCAACUAUAACCUUUAUGUUCUAGUUAUUAAUAUCGUCGUUUAUUUGAUCUAUAUUUUUUUGAAUAAAGAAAUUCUUGAAGAGUACGGCUUCCCAUAUGCUCUCAUACUUACUUCAAUACAAUUUGUAUUUUCCUUCUUAACAUUAUGGAUUUGCCUUUGGCUUGGUCUUUUAGAGCAUAAGCAGCUACCUCUAUAUGAGGUCCUCCCAGUCAGUCUAAGCUAUUGCUCCUAUAUUUCUCUCUCCAAUCUAUCCUUAAUGCUCAAUCCCGCGUAUUUUUACCAGUUCAUGGGGGUAAUUUCAUUAUUUAUGCUAUUUAUAUGGCGAAUGCAUUUCUAUACAAUGUUUUCUUCACUGAAGAUGUAUGCAGGGUUCGUCGGAGUGGGUAGUGGGUUGUGGAUCGUCAUUACUAACUCAGAGGUUACUUUCUUAGGCAUUACCGUUGCCUUAGCAUCGGUGAUAACGGGUAUUCUCUAUGACUAUCUACUUUACAAGAAGCUAAAUCGAUUAAAAGUUUCUGCAAUUCAAAUUCUCCCAUAUCAGCUUUUUAUUUCAUCAUGUAUUACUAUUCCACUUUCCUUCUACACGCUUAACUCAGAUAUCUUUGUCUACCCAAAGUUUGGAGCUCAGUUGCUUAUUUUGCUUUCUUUGGUAGUAUCUGUCUUUGCGAAUAUUUCGUGCUUUGCGAGCCAUUUGUUGUCUGAUCAAACUACGAAUAACAUACAAUGGACUGUUAAGAUGAGCGGGAUCAUGUUAAUAUUUGUUCUCAUGGAUAAAGAUCAGAUCACCUUAGUUAAUAUGUUUGGUAUUAUUCUAACAGCGGUAUCCAUUUGGUGCUGCUCUUACCUUUCGAAGGGAGUAAGUAAUUUAAUUAAGUAAAUUAUCUCCAUGUAAGGUAGAUACAACCAAAUAUUAAAUAAACAUUGAUAUAUGCUUUAAAAGUUGUCACACUAGGAAAUCUUAAAUUCGAACUUUGUUUAAUAUCAUUCCUUUGGAAAUAAAUUCUUUUAUCAGAAUAUUUAAGUCCUGAUUUUUGGUGUGCUCAAUGUAAGAUAUUAUUAGAGGAAGUAUCGUCCAUAAAAUGCUUGGUUAAUAUACACUUUA